GCGGAAAGCCACCCGGCCCAGCCAACGCUUCCACCCGUUUCUUCUAGGGUUUUUGCUCUUUCACUCUGCACCCGCAGAACUCUAGCUCUUUCGCCAUGGGGAAGAAGAGAAGCAAGUACCACAAUCCUCAACCCUUCCUCGCCGAUGACGAUGUGGCCUCAUCCAAGAAGCGUUCCAAGCCGGCCAAGCAUCACCAGGCUGAAGAAAAGAUGAUAUCCUCUGGUAUGAGCUCAAAAAUUUUGAAAGAAGCUCUGCUUCAGCAAAAGGAGAUGGAAGACGAAGCCCGGGACCAAAACCCUAAUAGCUCCUUCUUCGCGGUCGAAGAAGAACCGGCCAAGGAUGAAGAAGAGGAUGUCGACGAUUUUGCCGGAUUUGACGACACUCAAAGCCAUUUUGGCGGUUAUGAGGAAGAGAUUGAUGAGGAGGACGAGAAAUUACUGGAGGUUUUCCUUUCAAAGAAUACUGGUCCAGAGCGAACGCUAGCAGAUGUCAUUGCUGAGAAAAUUAAAGAAAAAGAUGAACAAUUUUCCUCAGAAGUGCGACCUUUGCCGAAAUUGGAUACCUCUAUCAUUGAUUUAUACAAGGGAGUUGGCAAACUUCUUAAUAAAUACACUGCGGGAAAACUUCCUAAGGCUUUCAAACAUAUUCCUUCAGUUCAACAUUGGGAGGAGGUCCUGUACCUAACUGAACCUGAGAAUUGGUCACCCAAUGCAGUGUACCAAGCCACUAGGAUUUUUGCUUCCAAUUUGGGUGGGAAGAAGGCAGAACGGUUUUACAGGCUUGUCUUGCUCCCACGAGUCAGAGAAGAUAUCCAGAAGAAUAAGAGAUUACAUUUUGCUUUAUAUCAAACUUUAAAGAAGUCUUUGUACAAACCUGCCGCCUUCUUCAAGGGAAUAUUGUUUCCAUUGUGUGAGUCAGGAACAUGCAACCUUAGGGAAGCUGUCAUUAUUGGAAGCAUCAUUGAAAAGGUCUCCAUUCCUGCUCUACAUUCAAGUGUUGCAUUAUUGAAGCUUGCAGAGAUGGAGUAUUGUGGCACAACAAGCUAUUUCAUAAAGAUUCUCCUUGACAAGAAGUAUGCUCUGCCAUAUCGUGCUGUUGAUGCUGUUGCAGCUCAUUUUAUAAGAUUUAUUGAGGAUACAAGGAUAAUGCCUGUGAUUUGGCACCAGUCACUUCUUACAUUUGUUCAGAGGUACAAAAAUCAACUGAGGAAAGAGGAUAAAGAUUCCCUUAAAACUUUAAUUGAAAAUCAAAGACACAAACUAGUUACUCCUGAGAUUAGCAGAGAGUUAAACAAUAGCAGGAAUCGUGGUGAGAAGGAAGAUGAUCUUAUGUUAAUCUCAUCUCCUAUUUCUGUGAUCAAUAAAACAAUAGAAGAAGACAGGUUUGAUAUUCCAGAUGUUCCAAUGGAGGAGGACUAAAUGUUCAUUUUCAGUGACUUUCUCAUAAUUUUUUUUUUUUUGGUUCUUGGGAGUCAAAGUGCAACAUCCCUCCUAUGGUUAUCUGUUUGAGAGGUUUACAGCAUCUAGUUUGGUCAUUUAAUUAUUGCUGAUUAGAGCUUUAUUUAUAAAAAUUAUAUCAAUUUUUUUUCUUUUGAUACCUGAUUUGUAUCACAGAAUUGAAGUUUGUGUUUGGAGGUUUUGGAAUGGAAAUUUUGAUGAAAGAAAUUGUUUUUGGCUUAGGUAGACAGGUUCUGGGUUCUAUUGUGUCAAAUCUAAACAUUAUUUUUUUGUUUGGGCA